CCGCCGCUCCGGGGCGCACCAUGGCGCGCUGGCUCCGCGAGCGCCUGCUUUUCCGCAGCGCCAAGCCGGCGCCGCCGCAGCCGGAUUACGCGGCGGGCCCCGAGCAGCCCGACCUGCUCGCUGCCUACCGGCUGCAGCGGGAGCGGGACUUCGAAGACCCCUACGCGGGCGGCGCCGCCGCCGUCUCCGCGCCCGCCGCCGACCCCGACGGCCGCCGCUGCCGAUCGCCCCGGAGGCGCCUCAUCCGGGUGGAAGCGGCGCAGGCGGCCGAAACAGCCGCGGCCUCCGGGACCGGCGAUAUCGAGGGCCAGCGAGAAAAGAUGAUGAUUGUGGAGGACUACGCAGAUCCGUUUGAUACUAGACAAGAAACUAGUUGUCAAACCGGGGAGCAGGAAAGGGUGAAAAGCGAAGGCUAUAUGGAACCAUAUGAAGCUCAGAAGUUGCUGGCAGAGAUCCAGAAAACAGGCUCCAACGAUGCCCUAGCUGCUCAGAAACCUCUGCACUUAUAUGACAUUCCUUAUGAAGCACCUGAGAACUGCAUAAACCCUGACCUCCAGCAACCACUUGGCGUGCAGUGCCGAUACUCGUGGCUGCCGGAAGACGAUGAGCGGCCACCGGAGGAAUAUGAUCAGCCCUGGGAGUGGAAAAAGGAGCGUAUCUCCAGGGUAUUUGCAGUUGAAAUCGAAGGAAUUCAGGAGCUGCCAUGGCCCCCGCCCGUCGGCCAGCUAGACAGCUCUGCGAACCACAUGGAUGCUGAGGGACCACCCACUCUUCAGAGCAUCAGCGCCAGAUGCCUGCCGGCCGAUGCUCCGCCAAGCCUCCAGGAUACCAGUGUCAGCCUCCAGGACCCUGAAGCUCUGGCCAGACCCCUGGAUGUCAGUAGCAAGGGAGCUGUGAAGAACCAGCCUUGCCCAGAGAAGAGGAGUAGCGCAUGCUGGCUGAGCAUGGAGCACGGGUUAGCUUUCGGUGAACGCGUCAAUCCCACUUUGCCGCUGGAGAGCCAAGCCUGGUAUCAUGGGACCUUGAGCCGAGUGGGUGCCGAGGGGCUACUGCGACUUUGCAGAGAAGCCAGUUACCUGGUGCGGAACAGUGAGAGCAGCCAUGAUGCCUUCUCCCUCUCCCUGAAGAGCAGCCAAGGCUUCCUUCACAUGAAGCUCUUGCAGACUGAAGACCACAAAUUUGUCCUGGGCCAGCACAGCCCUCCCUUUGACAACGUCCCUGAGAUCAUCCACCACUACGCCAGCCACAAGCUGCCCAUCCAGGGAGCAGAGCACAUGUCCCUGCUCUAUCCCGUCACCACGCAACCCUCCAGCUGCCUUGCAGCUGAGCAGUGACUUCUGGCGGAGGACGGGUGAGCGUUGGACAAGAGCAGAACAUUUUUGGAUUGCAGUUGCUUGCAUGGAUUGGAAGAG